UUGGAAUUCAAUAUAUAAGUAGUAGUUCACUCCACUUCAUUUCUCACUACCCCAACCUUACAGCGGUCGGCUACUUAAGUUAUCAACCUCCUUUAUUAGCAUGGAGUACUUUCGCCUCGUUUCCGUCUGCGCUUUUCUCUAUGUCGCAUUAGCACUGUUGGGAAGAAGCUAUGCCUCUAAUGAUGUAUCAUGGGGUUCUUACUGGCAGUCAGCUUUCCCAAAAACUGCGAUACCCAAAACCCUACAAGAACUUCUACAUCCGGACAACUGGAUCGAAGGGAAAAGUAGAUACACUGGGUUCAGCAAGGACGAUCUAAACAUCAACACCUUGCUAGUUUCCGGAUCUGCAUUUCCAACUAUUGGUAAAGAUAGCUAUGCCGAGGCCGCCUCCGGAAAAAUCCAAGUGGAGCCAGAUGUGACUACUUUCUUUUUAGAAAAGGAUCUGCGACUGGGGAAGAAGAUGACCCUGCACUUCCCCAAAACCACAGUUGCGGCCGAGUUCUUGCCUCGUAAAGUCGCCAAGUCCAUACCCUUUUCGAAGAGCAAGCUGCCGCAGAUUCUCAACCACUUUGCGGUGAAACCCAACUCCGUGGAAGCAGAAGUGAUCAAACAGACGAUCGAAGACUGCGAGGCGCCGAGCAUCAAAGGGGAAGAUAAGUACUGCGCCACGUCGUUGGAAUCCUUGGUCGAUUUUACCGUUUCGAAGCUCGGUAAAUACGUGCAGGUGUAUUCCACAGAGGUCGAAAACGAAAACAAACAGGAAUAUAAGAUUGGAAAAGGAGCUGUGCAGCGAAUUGGAGACAGGUCAGUGGUUUGUCACAAGCAGAAGUACGUGUAUGCGGUUUUUUAUUGCCAUGAAAUUCACUCAACUAGGGCUUACGUGGUUCCUUUGGUGGGUGCUGAUGGAACUAAAGCUGAAGCAGUAGCUGUUUGCCACACUGAUACAAGAACAUGGAACAAUAAGCAUUUUGCUUUCCAGGCCCUCAAAAUAAAGCCGGGAACACUUCCCAUUUGUCACUUCUUGCCUAGUGGAAACCUUGUGUGGGUUCCAAACAAGUAGAAAAGAUAAUUGCCACAAAAAAAAAAAGAAAAA